AUGACGAGGAAAGCGCAGCCGCAACCGCAGCAUCCAGUGUCACGCCGCGGCGUCGCGUGGCUCGGAUGGAAGCUCAUUAUCGCUUUCUCCUUCGCAUUAUGCCUUCUCGCCUUCCUCAGGAUCCACCUACAGUACUCCCUGACGACGACACUCUCCGUCGCGGGAUCUCUUAACCCCGUCCGGAGCUACUCCGGCGACGACCGUCCGAAAGUCGCCUUCCUCUUCUUAGCUCGCCGUGAUCUCCCGCUUGAUUUUCUGUGGGAUAGAUUCUUCAAGGGUGCUGAUCCGGCGAAUUUCUCCGUUUAUAUACAUUCACUACCUGGUUUCGUCUUCAAUGCGGAAACCACGAGAUCACAGUUUUUCUAUGAUCGCCAAUUGAAUAAUAGCAUCAAGGUAAUAUGGGGGGAAUCAAGCAUGAUUGCAGCAGAAAGAUUGUUGCUUGCAUCUGCUUUAGAGGAUCAGUCAAAUCAAAGAUUUGUUCUUCUCUCUGACAGAUGUGCUCCGUUAUAUGACUUUGGCUAUAUAUACAGAUAUCUUAUCUCUUCACCGAGGAGUUUUGUGGAUAGUUUUCUUCAUACUAAAGAGACACGGUACAGUGUGAAUAUGUCUUCUGUCAUACCUGAAGAGAAAUGGCGAAAAGGAUCCCAGUGGAUGUCUGUGAUAAGAAAUCAUGCAGAGGUCAUUGUAAAUGAUGGUACCGUAUUCCCCGUUUUUCAGCAAUUUUGCAAGAGAGCUCCACCUAUAGGUUCCCAACAGGAAUGGCUGUUUCUUAAACAGAAGCGGCGCAACUGCAUCCCAGAUGAACACUAUGUGCAAACAUUGCUUACGAUGCGAGGACUAGAGAGUGAAAUGGAACGAAGAACGCUGACAUACACUGUAUGGAACAUUUCGGGUACAAAAUAUGAAACCAAGUCUUGGCAUCCCGUCACUUUCACAUUUGAAAACUCCGGCCCUGAGGAAAUACAAAAAAUCAAGAAAAUUGACAAUGUCUAUUACGAGUCUGAAUCUCGAACAGAAUGGUGUAAGACCGAUUCAGAACCUGUCCCGUGUUUUCUCUUUGCAAGGAAGUUCACCAAAGAAGCCGCUAUGCGCCUUGUGAGCGAAGGACUAAUAGGACCAUCAACAAACAUAACCUUAUAA